AUGAAUUCUACUAUAAGAACGCCAAUUUUCUUAGUCUCCAGUCUUAGAUUAAAAGCAUGGAACCAUCAUAACCAUAACGCAAGCAAGCCAUAUGUACAUACCGAGUCGGAUAUUUAUACAGUUAUUUUAUCUAAAUCUGAAUAUGUUGCAAACUUUUUAAUUGUUGCCUAUUUUGUAUUUCUUCCAUUUUAUGUAUAUGUGAACAAAGUCAAUCGACGAAGAGAUGAAAAGAUGAUUAUUUUUCCGAUUACCAAUCAUUUUUAUAAAAUGGUAAUGAUCAGUGUGAUAUUUCUCAUUUUUUACACAGCGUUGUCUACUCUCGUUGAGCAUGGGAACUUGAAAGAGGGCAAUAUUUUAGCAAUAAUUGGUUUUAUGAUACUCACGGUUUUUUACACAAUUUGUAUGAGCAUUCAAGUUUUCCAAUUAUUUAUAGUUGCUCUUGCCAUUGAACGAUUUCUCCUUUACUUCUGUCCAUCCACCGAAAAACUGAUCACAUUAGUACAAAACUAUGUUCAUCAACGAAUCAAAUGUAUUUAUAUUUCCUGUGCAAUCAAGGAUUUGGUCAUAUUUAUUCUGCCCUAUUCUUCUGAUCCAGAAGUGAAAAUGAUAACUUAUGCUAUGCAUUAUUCCAUGGAAAUUCUUAUUAUACUGUCUUCAUUGCUUUAUCUUCCGAUAAUGAUAAGUGUUCGAAAGCUGUCUCAUUUAGCAUCGGCAGAACAAAAUCAUCCUCAAAGAUACAUCUUUUGGCAGACAAUGGUAGUGUUGAUUUUCAAAUCGUUAACUCUCCCAGCAUCAGCUAUUGCACUGACAAAUGACGGAACUUUGACAGAAACUCAAAAUGCGCAAAUGAACAUUGAGAUUUUCACGAUUCCAUUGAUAAUUAUGUUGUCCUAUUUGGGGUGUAACAAACGGAACUUAACAGUUACAUUUACAUCAUUUAACUUGAAAUACUUUUUGAGAACCAUUUUUAGUUUUGACGAUGCAGUUGUUCAACCUCAAACUUUAGUUGGCAGUGUAUAUGCAGUAAGCUCUUGA